AUCCAUUUAUCAGUUUAGGCCGACACCUUUGCCAUUCCAAAUCUUCUAUUCCUUUUUACCAACAAGAUUAGGGGUUUGGGAUUCUGAAAGAUGAGCCCCCAGGAAGGAUCAACCAAAGGAGGGAGAGGGAAACCUAAGUCAUCCAAGGCGGUUUCCAGGUCACAUAAGGCCGGUCUUCAGUUUCCGGUGGGAAGGAUUGCUAGGUUCUUGAAAGCCGGGAAAUAUGCCGAGCGUGUCGGUGCCGGAGCUCCCGUCUACCUCUCCGCCGUAUUGGAAUACCUCGCUGCCGAGGUUCUGGAGCUUGCUGGAAACGCAGCGAGAGACAAUAAAAAGAAUAGAAUAGUUCCAAGGCACAUCCAACUAGCAGUGAGAAACGAUGAAGAGUUGAGUAAGCUGUUGGGUUCAGUCACCAUUGCAAAUGGAGGUGUCUUACCCAACAUUCACCAGAAUCUUCUUCCCAGUAAAGCGGGAAAGAACAAGAGUGAUAUUGGAUCCGCUUCCCAGGAGUUUUAGCAUUUCUCUUAUCCUUUUGAUUUCUUGGGUUUUGUUUUGAACUGUUGUGUGAUAUGCAAUGUUUUCUUUUCGCUUUGAAUCCCUCAUGUUACGUUUUUGAUCGAAUCUGUUAUAAUAUCAAAGCUAUUAUAUGAAAUUUGCUUGCUU